AUGGCUUCAGCUUCUGACCCUGCUCAUGUUGUAACGAUUGUCCCUUGUGCUGGAGGAUGCGGCCAGUAUCUACAUCCUGAGUGUGCGCCUAAACCGGCUAUAACUAAUGACAUCUCAGGACUGUCCAUACGCCUUCCAACUGAGGCGCCAGGACAAAUUGAUACCAACGAGGGUUCAACGAAUCAUAUUAAAGACAUCUGUGCUGUUAAAUGUGCUACUUGCCUGGUCGGGCUUCGUGUCUGCUAUAUUUGCCAGGUAAGCCAGAGGAAAAUUGUAGCCAGUUUGGGACUCACUCCCGAAAGUGCAGUUGACAAUUUCAGAAUUGGGCCCUACUGA